GGGCUGCGGGACCGCGGGGCGCGAGAGCGCUAGAGCCGGCAGUGUCGCGCGCGUGGAACCGUCGCCGGGUUUCUGCUCCGCAACUCUCCCGGAGCUGUUCGUGUUCCUGCCGGAGUCCGGAGCAGGCUUUAAAAAAAUUCUUCGUAAUAACACCUUCCGACACUCGCAAGGGACACUUAGCGCUUGAUGGCAGAGGUCCUGGUUCCAGGCGGUUCAUCAAAAUGAUUGCACGGUCUGGUCGGGAGUUAGGCUGUGGAUACUCAGAACGACCCAGUAGAUACAUUGGACAGCGCGUGGACAGUGCAAGGGUUCAGCCUGGAGCGAGCGAGCUUGCUCACCUGCUGUGACGGGCAUGCACCCGGCCGGAGCCCAGCUAGAUCCACGCUCCUGGUCCCAGCCCUCAGGGACCUUGCAAAUAAAUACGUGCAAAUCUGUAAUUACACUUUGUAGCAACUGCCGUGGAGGAAAGACUGAUUUUCAAAAAUGCCAAGUAGGAAAUUUGCCGAUGGUGAGGUGGUAAGAGGUCGAUGGCCCGGGAGUUCACUUUAUUAUGAAGUAGAAGUUCUGAGCCAUGACAGCAACUCCCAGCUUUACAGCGUAAAAUACAAAGAUGGAACUGAACUUGAAUUGAAAGAGAGUGAUAUCAAGCCUUUAACCUCCUUCAGGCAAAGGAAAAGUGGCUCAACUUCCAGUUCUCCCUCCAGACGCAGAGGGAGCCGCUCCAGGUCGCGUUCCCGAUCCCCUGGCCGGCCCCCAAAAGGUUCCCGCCCAUCCGUCUCAGCUUCGCACCAGGCUGACAUUAAGGAAGCAAAGAAGGAAGCAAGGAAGGAAAUGUUGGAAAUUAAACUGACUCCGCUGGUAUUGAAGCCAUUUGGAAAUAGCAUCAGCAGAUAUAACGGGGAGCCUGAGCACAUAGAGAGGAAUGACGUACCUCACAAAAACGCGCAGGUACAAAGGGGUUCAUUUUCCUCUCAGGAAAAAUUCCCGUUGUCACAAGAGAGUUGUUAUAUACCUACACAGUAUAGCCUUCAUCCAAGAAGAGAAGAGGUCAAAUUAAAAGAAAUAGAUUCAAAGGAGGAAAAAAUUGUUACAAAAGGAUCUACGUCGUUGAGAACCUUUGAAGUGACAGCCACACAGCAGAAGGACUUAGAAUUUGGAGGAGUACCUGGUGUUUUUCUCAUCACGCUUGGCCUGCCUGCUUUCCUCUUCCUGUUGCUGUUGAUGUGUAAACAGGAAGAGCCCAGUCUUCUGAAUUUCCCGCCUCCUCUGCCAGCUUUGUAUGAUUUAUGGGAAACCAGGAUAUUUGGGGCCUACCUCCUCUGGUUUUUCCUUCAGGCUCUGCUCUACUUACUGCCGAUUGGGAAGGUUGUAGAAGGAACACCUCUUACUGAUGGAAGAAGACUCAAGUACAGAUUAAAUGGAUUCUACGCUUUUAUCCUGACAUCUGCACUCGUCGGAGCAUCUUUCUUCUGGGAUGUAGAGCUUUAUUAUGUGUACAGUCAUUUCCUUCAGUGUGCAUUUGCAGCCACUGUUUUUUCUGUGGUCUUGAGUGUUUAUCUCUACGCCAGGGCUUUGAAAGCGCCCCGGGAUGAACUGUCGCCGGCCAGCUCUGGAAAUGCUGUGUAUGACUUCUUCAUUGGCCGUGAGCUAAAUCCUCGGAUUGGUACUUUUGAUCUCAAAUACUUCUGUGAAUUGCGCCCCGGAUUGAUUGGAUGGGUGGUCAUUAACCUGGUGAUGCUUUUGGCUGAGAUGAAGCUACAGGAUCGCACUGUUCCAUCCUUAGCAAUGAUUUUGGUCAACAGCUUCCAGCUCUUGUAUGUGGUGGAUGCUCUCUGGAAUGAGGAAGCACUGUUGACAACCAUGGACAUUAUCCACGAUGGAUUUGGAUUCAUGCUGGCUUUUGGAGAUUUAGUGUGGGUUCCAUUUAUCUACAGCUUCCAAGCCUUUUAUUUAGUCAGUCAUCCAAAUGAACUGUCUUGGCCAAUGGCUUCUCUAAUCAUUGCUCUGAAACUGUGUGGAUUUGUAAUCUUCCGAUGUGCAAAUUCUCAGAAAAAUGCAUUCCGGAAAAAUCCCACUGAUCCAAAGCUUGCACAUUUAAAAACCAUUCAUACUGCAACAGGAAAAAGUCUUCUCGUUUCUGGAUGGUGGGGUUUUGUUCGCCAUCCCAAUUACUUGGGUGACCUCAUCAUGGCCCUGGCGUGGUCCCUCCCAUGUGGUUUCAAUCACAUUCUGCCUUAUUUCUACGUGAUUUAUUUCACCAUUUUGCUGGUGCACCGUGAGGCUCGCGAUGAACACCACUGUAGGAAGAAGUACGGCCUGGCGUGGGAGAAGUACUGCCAGCGCGUCCCGUACCGCAUAUUCCCAUACAUCUACUGAUUCUGGUCUAGGCGCUGUCUAAAUGCUCCUGCAGUUUUGGCUUCCAUUUGCAAAAAAAGAAAAAAAACCCAAAAUGAACCUUUUGUUGCACCGACAGGAUCUUGAUGUUUCUCUUUCUUUUU